CAGAAACAAAUGAUACAUAUGAUAGUAAUGAUUAUAUUCAAAGUGUAGAGUUAGCGCAUAAUCAACCUAGGUUAAAUACAAUAACAGAAUCUGAUAAUUUUUCAAAGCUUUUUGAGACACAAAUUUCUAAUCUUACUAAAGUACUAUAUAAUUAUCAACAUGAAGGAAAUCUGCCUAUUCUUGAUGUACAAGAAUUUAUUAAUGUAAUUGAAAGUCGAGAGCCAAAAUUAAAAGGGCUGUUUAAUACACUUUUUUUAACUAUGAACCCUGCAGGCAAAAAUCAACAAACUAAAAACUCUUUGUACAAAAAA